GGACGAAGAGGCCCGAGCUGGAGCCCAGAGGCCACGGACGCGAGUGUCCCAUCCCUGCGAGAGGCGGUGUCGCGGCCCAGACAGGAUCAUUCACGAUACAGCUGUAACUGUUUUCAACAAAGAUCAGUGAUGAAAAUUGUUGUUUUUAACAAGAUACCUCCAAGUUAAACAUGAAAGGAAAAUACUGGAAUCAUUUCUGUUCUGACAAGAUAAGGAAAACAGCAUUUUCCAGCUAACAUGUAAUGGCAGCUUUCUGAGACCGUCCCUUGUCAUGCACCCCACCGGGAACAUGGAUGUUGGCUUUACUCGGUCCUCCGUUCAGACCCUGUCCCGAAGUCACUGCAAAAACAUCAAACAGAAGAUUUCCCAGUGGGAAGGAAGGGCCAACGGUGUAGCUAAGCCAGCUAGGUUUCACCCCAAGGACUUUGGGGUAAGGUAUAAUAACUGCCACCAAGAGGUUCCUCCUCAUAAACGUCCCGCUGGUGACGGAAGCAGCAACUCUCAGAACGGGGCUUUACCCAGGAGUGCAGAUGCCGACAGCCAUGAUCAAAGUGAGCGUGAAGGCCAGCGGCGAGACUCUAAAGACGCCCAUCCCGCAGAAACUGGACCAGACUCCAACCGGGUGUGUGCUCGGGUCAAACAGAUUGAAAGCCAGAGAGAUGUCGCUGUGGGUCCAGAGGCUUCGUUACCUCCAGGAAACUUCUAUACCUCACAGAUACUGUGGAAAAGAUUAGAAGCGCUUCCCCCAGAUAAAGUCUUGAAUUUGGCUUUAGCCCCUUGUGACUCUACAGAGAAAGAACCGAAUUUCAGAGUUCUGGAUAGUUCUUAUGGGAUGACCAAGAGCUUGGAAAAUAUUUAUUGUGAACCCGAGGGGCAGGAAUGUGGACCCUCUAUAAAUCCUUUGCCCAAACCCCGUCGGACAUUCAGGUAUUUAUCUGAAUCUGGCAGUGUGCCAUAUAAAGAAAGAAACUGUGACCAAAAGUACUGUGAAAAGAAUUCCUGUGCGGAGUCUUCUUUGCCUUCUUCUCAGGAUCCUGAGCCAAAGAAAUACGGUGGGAAGAUCAGAGGGAGAUCCAAAAGGAAAUCCUUUGAAUUUGAAGAUAUUCAGCACUUUCGGAACUCACGGAAGAUUCAUGAAGAACUUGGGAAAAAUGCUGGGUCAGCACUUUAUUACACGCAGUCUGAGGAUAAUCUCUACGAGGAUAUUCUAUAUCCAGCCAAGGAAAAUCCCUAUGAAGAUAUUCCAGUGCAGUCUUUCCCCAUUUGGAGAUCCCCUUCAGCAUGGAGGCUGCCACCUGCUAAGACGGCCUUCAGAGCACCCAAGCUUCCUCCAAAGCCCCAGUUUCUUCAGCGGAAGACUAUGGAGCUGAAGAACUCUCAAGCUUACUUGCGAUCAAAGCUCACCAAGGACACCACUUUGCCUGUCACGUUAACGGAAUGGAAGCUUUUCCGAGCUGGAGAAGUGGUUAACAGGAAAAAGAGAAAUCUCCCAAGGCUCGUUUUGAAAAUAAAUGAUACAUUUGAAUCCAAGCGAGGGAAGAAGAGGGUGAAGUUGCAGCCUUACACUGGAAAAGAGGCAGCCUCCUCCAAAGGUGAAACCAGUGGGAACGAGAGUGAUGCAGAGUACCUGCCAAAGAAUCGCCACAAGCGCUUAGCACAGCUGCAGCAGCCCUCCAAGAGGAACCCCCACUACCAGACCUUGGAGCGGGAUCUGAUCGAACUGCAGGAGCAGCAGCUCUUUGAACUCUUCGUGGUGGUGUCUCUGCAGAAGAAGCCAUCAGGGACAAACUACAUUCCCCAGGUCAUACAGCAGUUCCCUAGCAAGGGUGAUCAUGGCUAUAAGCAAUCCAGAGACACUGAAGAGAGACUCAAAGUCAUCCCCAAAUUUUGUUUUCCUGAUUCAAAGGACUGGGUGCCAACCUCAGAACUCAAGAGUGAAACAUUCUCCUUCGUGUUGACUGGCGAAGAUGGAAGUCGGUGGUUUGGUUACUGUAAGAAGCUUUUGCCGGAAGGCAAAGGCAGGCGGCUCCCUGAGGUGUACUGUAUGGUCAGUCGCUUGGGCUGUUUCAAUCUCUUCUCAAAGAUUCUGGAUGAAGUAGAGAAGAGAAGAGAAAUGUCUCCAGCCCUUGUUCACCCGUUCAUGCGAAGUGUCAUGGAAGCCCCUUUCCCAGCUCCCGGGCGCACCAUCACAGUUAAGAGCUACCUCCCUGGGGCUGGAGAUGGGUCCGUAGAACUCUGCCGGCCGCUCGAUUCCCGCCUGGAGCACGUGGAUUUCGAGUGUCUUUUCAAGUGCCUGAGUGUCUGCCGUCUCAUCCGGGUCUGGGCCUCCCUCCUCUUAGAGCGGAGGGUGAUCUUUGUCGCCAACAGCCUGAGCACCCUGUCAAAAUGUGGCCAUGCUGUGGUGGCUACACUCUAUCCAUUCACUUGGCAGCACACCUACAUCCCAGUGUUACCAGUGUCCAUGAUUGACAUAGUGUGCUCUCCCACUCCAUUCCUCAUUGGAAUCUUGUCUUGUUCCUUACCCCAACUCCAGGACCUUCCCAUUGAAGAGGUGCUGAUAGUUGAUCUGUGUGCAGACAAGUUCCUGCAGGAGGUGUCCGAUGAGGAUGACAUCCUGCCACCUAAACUUCAAGCUGCCUUGGUACAGAUUUUAGAAGACCGAAAGGAAGUCUUGGCCCAGGAACAGCAGUUUUCACAAGAUGUGACACUCAAUUCUCUGGUGUCUGAAGCAUUUGUAAGGUUUUUUGUGGAGCUUGUAGGACAUUAUUCUCUGAAUAUGACUGUCACAGAACGUGGGGAGCGUGUGUUCCAGAGGGAGCCAUUCCGAAAGUCCCACACUUCCCGAAGUGUCCGCCAUUUUCUAGAUCUCUUCAUGGAGACGCAGAUGUUUGCAGGAUUUGUUCAAGACCGGGAGCUUCGGCAAAGCGGAGUUAAAGGUUUAUUUGAAGUCCGGGCUCUCCAGUAUUUGGAAACAAUUCCUGAGUCGGAACCCAGUGGGGUGAAUAGAAUUUUGCGGAGUCUUGGAAGCAAAAUGAGAUUUCUCCACAAGAAGUGACUCUGCCUUCAUCCUAAACAUAACUGAAAGUGCCAAAGAGAGCAUCCCUCCAAGGGCCUGGUGCCUGGAGUCAGUCCCACGGAGUCCUUGAGAGUGUACAAGGAGAAAGGCGUCAGAGGAGGUCUCUCCUGCUGCUGCUGCUGCUGCAGGCAAGCUGGGAGCAGUCUAAACCAGUGUGCUCUCUUCUGCUUCGAAUCUGGGGACUUUUCUUUUGGUUGGUUGGCUUAGGUUUUUUUUGUUUGUUUGUUUUGUUUUUGAGACAGGGUCUCUCUGUGUAUCCUUGGCUGUCCUGGAACUCAUUCUGUAGACUAGGCUGGCCUUAAACUCAGAGAUCUGCCUGCCUCUGCCUCCUGAGUGCUGGGUUUAAAGGCAGGUAUCACCACUCCUGGCCAAGUUGUUUUUACUGUGGUGUUUUCUUUUCUCUUUGGUUAUUGGUGGUUACAAGAAGCUCUGUUUUGUGCUUAGUCUAUGAAAGCAGUUGUCUUUUAUGAGAAAAAGACUUGGAGACACUUGGUGUUGCUUGUUUUUUUAUUUGUUUGUUGUUUUUUGGUUUUUUGAGACAGGGUUUCUCUGUGUAGCUUUGGAGCCUGUCCUGGAACUCUGUAGACCAGGCUGGCCUCGAACUCACAGAGAUCUGCCUGCCUCUACCUCCCGAGCUCUGGGAUUAAAGGCGUGUACCACCAUCCCCAGGCUGGUGUUGCAUGUGUUAAAAACAAUGCCAAGAUGAGAAUAAUGAGAAAAAUGCUGAGUGUCAGGACUGGAGAGGCUCGGUAGAAAUGGAGGACACUACGAUUACACCUUACACGCUUCUCAGCAGGAAAGCAUCCAGUUGCUUUAAUUCCAGUGUUUUCACCAUUGAUAUCACCCUUUUGUCCCACGGCCUAUCUUGGAGAAUGUCACUCAUGUUAGAACCUUAAGAAAGCAGAAUCCAUGCCGAUCCUCCUCAGAACACGUCCUGCUGGAAUAGCUUGCCCCUCACCUGUCAGCAUUUUUAUGCUUUGUGGAAUACAGCCAAUAUGAAAAUGUCCUUUUAAGGACAGAAGCUACCUGUUCGUUGGCUUUUGGUGCCACAGUUUGCUGCACUAUGAUACAUUUACAUAUGUCAUUUUAUUCAAGCUUUCGAUCAGCUUCAUAAUAUUUUGCAAGAAACUGGAGUUCAGAGAGGUUAAGUAAUUUGGCUAGUUAUACACUCAAGGUAGAACUAAGCCAAACCACUUGACUUAGGAACACAGAGGAAGCUAGUUAGUCCUGCAGAUGGAAACUUGGGCUCUUUAGUGUUAUAGCAGUGUUUAAAGUUCUCCAUGGAGUAUAGCAGAGCCACCUCCAGGCUUUGAUGAGACUUCAAGCUCUGGGGGUCUAGAUGAGACCCUGUUUCCUUUGCUUUGUUUUGGGUGCUGGGAACCCAGGGCCUUAUGUGUGCUCUGCCACACUAAUUAUUUUUCCGUUGUUGUGUUUUUAUUCUAAUUAGACUCAGAGUAUUUCCUAAGCCUAUACCUCUUCAUCAACCAGACGCUGAAAAUCUAAUGUUUGAGCAGUGCCUGGGAAAAAGGAGUUUUAUCAGUGAAGGUGCAAUUUUCAUUGAUAAAUGAUAAAUGUUGUGGCAAAUGUCAGUUUUCUUUAAGCUUUGCUAAUGGUGUUACCUAGCGUGGAAAAGAUUCAUUGAGACUUAGAAAGUGUUGUACAUUGUAUUGGGAUACAUUUGACUGACUUGUACAGUACUGUCAUUAUUACCCAUUCAAGUGUGUCUGAAUGAAUCCAUGGAAGACUGGUGCUGUGCAAUAUAGUUCCCAGAUGUGGGUCCAGGGAAAAGAGCUGAGCCUGUGUCUUAAAGUGCUGGUGCCAUUUACCACGGUGGCCCUCUUCUCAGACAUCUCCCCAUUUGGUCUUUUCUUACACUCCAAUCCUGAAGGAACAGUUUGUAUCAGUUGUUUAUAAGAUGGGAAUAGGAGUGUUUACUGUGGUUGGUCAUGGCCGUUCCUCUGCAGGGAGACUGUGCUUUGGGGGAUGAGAGUCUUACCUUCUUACAAUCUAAAGCUGCUUCCUUUCCUUGAGUUUGUUGUAUUUUGUAAAAUAUUGUGAAUUCUGAAUAUGUUUGUAAAAAGAACUGUUCAAGAUUUCUAUCAAAUGUUUACAGGUCUUUUAAUGAAUAAAGGCAUUUUAAAAAUUC